AUGGACCUCAAGAUCCUCAGCACGACCGUCAAUGACGUCUUUCUCAGCCCUCAGGUCUGCUCCGAGAACGAAACACCUGAAGACCAUGAGCCAGCUAUCGUCCAGAUCAUCAUCCAACUCACCAUACCCGCUGGCUACAAUCCUCCCUUGAAACUCCUUAGUCUGACAGCCAGCUUGGUCGGCUACGAAUCAAUCGGUUUUCCAAAAGGCGGCUUCGAACAGAAUCAACCUUACUACAACAAGAAGAAUAUCGCAUCCGCUAUCGAUCUCAAGCUCGAAGCAGGGACCACUUAUCAAUUUGAGGUCUCCUUCAGUGUUGACCACAGUACGGCGCCGUACCAACGAUGCAAGUAUGGAAGGCAUCAUCAAAAGGUACAGGUGAAAGCGACGUUCCCCGGAUUGUUGGGCAAGAAGACACUCUUGGCAGAAAAGAAUCUAUUCUUCAUCCAGACAGUGGCUGCGACGGGAUUCCUGCCAUAUUAUCAUGUGCAUCGAGCGGCGGAAGAAGGUUUAGGCCCUAUCUUCUUGGGUGUGCGAACACAGCAUUUGACCGUAGGAGGAUAUCUGCGCAUCACGUUCUCAUUGGCUAGUCCAAGUCCGACACUACGUUUAUAUUCGCUCAAGUUGGCGUUGUUGCAGCAGACGACACUCAAGUCGAGAGUGCGACGGAACUAUUUGGAGUAUCCGCCUUCAGAGCGAUUCGUGUUCUUUGAAGCAGGGGCCGAAGAGCUCAAGAAGUGCUUGCAGCAAGCACAUGAUGAUGGUGGACUUGAUGGACUUCUCGCACUCGCCAAGGAGCAGCAACAGCAUCAACAAAGGCAAUCAAGAAACGAUGAAGCUGAUGCCUCUGGGCCUUUGUGCUCCACAGAUCCCAUCGCAUACUCUUCCUUGCCUCAACUGGGCCAAUGCAACUGGGUAGCUCGGAUUCCCAACGACUCCGAAGCGCGAGCAUCGACCUUACCUGGGAGCGACUGUGCCAUUGGGAUGGUUCAUGCCCUCGAACUCACUAUCCAGUACUCCGACCCGUCGCUUCCGUCCGGCAGUGACGUCCGCACAUAUCGAGCAUCCUGGGGUCUCAUCCUUCCCUCCUGCGCCUGCCGAUGGCAAACCAUGCGACUUCCAUCCUACACAGAAGAAGACGCCAACCCUGUACCGAAGAUCUCACGAGACUUCUGGGCCGGUCGCAAUGAACACGAAUCCUUCACUCAAUGUGUUUGCGGAGAAGAUUUGGAGCAUCUGAUGGAGAUGGAACAACAGGCGGCAAGCGAAAGUGAAAUCCAGGCUAGUAGUGAGAUCUGGCGAGAGAUGCUAAGUCAUAGAUUACAGCAGAGACUCCUCAGGAAUGGUGGUAUCGGUGCGGGAGGCAGAAGCUCGAGCUCAAGUUCUAGUCCGACGUUGUCCAGGAUCGUGAGUAGGAGAGGAAGUACGGAUGAUCCGUCUGCUUCGGGCUCGAGCUUUGCAGGCGCCAGCACAAAUGCCGCAGCAGCAGCAGUGGGGAUGACGGAUGUAAGAGGUAGACAAGACCGAAGAACCUCAACACGAAGCUACUCUGGCUCGACGCCCACGGACGAAACAGCAAGGUUCGGGCUAAUAGAGGCGGAAGAUGAGGUCGAGUUUGAGCUGCAAGCACGAGAAGUCCUGGCUGAUCUCCACGUCAACCAGAACGACUAUCAGCGGGAAUGGGACCGAUUGAAUGAGCUCAGACAACGGAGGAACAAGGCGAGAAAUGAAUACACCAGUGUACCUCAGAGCAGGGAUGGGCGGGAUGAGGGAAGAAAACACAGGAGUCAAUCAGCACAUCCAGCAUUGAGGCUGUUCCAGAAAAGGUCGGCGAGCAGUAGCAAUAGUAGAGCUAGUAGUCCGAGCAGAGGUGGAGUGCCGGGAUCACCAGGAACGCCGCCACCUCCUCCACCAGCAGCAAUAGAGGAGCGAUUGGGGGAGAUGGGGUUAGAUGAGAAGUCUUAG